AUGGAAAGCGAGAAGUCUAAUAAGCCCAGCAAUUCAGAUUUUAAGCAGCAACGGCUCAGAGGCUGGAAUUGCUCACCUAACUCAGUAGUAAUUGGAUCUUUAUACAUCGUAAUUGGGGUUGGAUUCAUCAUUUUUGGCUGUUUUGUCAUAGAAAAAUCAAAUGAAGUUUACGAAGUUUCUGAAAGAUACGAUGACAUAGGAGAAUGCAAAGCAGACUGAAGAACUCCAAGGACCUGCGUUGUAGAGCUAGAUGUUGAAGAGUACAUGGAAAAGCCGAUCUUUUUUUAUUAUGAAAUUAAAAAUUUCUAUCAAAAUCAUCGAAAAUUUUAUAAGAGCCGUGACAUUUAUCAACUAAUGGGAGAUGAUAGAUCAGAAAACGAUGUCGAAAAAUACUGCGACCCAGUAACAACAAUGGAAGAUUUAGGAUUUUACACAACUUUGAAUCUAACUGAAGACGAUGUAGCAAACCCUUGUGGACUACUGCCCAAGGCAUACUUUAAUGACACUUUCUCAUUUAUAACUUCUAAUGAUACAGAUAGUUUUAUAGAAAUUGAAAUGGAAAAUGAUAAAAUUGCAUGGGAUGUAGACACUGACGAAAAAUUCGAAGAAAACGAUAAUUCAGAAGAAGUACAGUGGAUUGAUGUAGAGAAUGAACAUUUCAUUGUCUGGAUGAAUGUAGCUGGACUGCCAUAUUUUAGGAAGCUAUGGGGAAGGAUCGAGCAAGACUUGCCUGAAGGGAAAUACCAAGUUGUUAUUGUAAACAAUUAUGAUGUCGCCUCUUUUAAUGGACAAAAGUGGGUUGUAAUUAGUACGACUUCAAGGUUCGGAGGGAAAGUGGCGUUCAUUGGAGUUUUAUAUAUCAUUUUUGGAGCUUGCGCAUUGUUUGGGGCAAUUAUUAUUUUCCUCACUGUUUAUUUGAGGAAGAGGGCUGGGAGAUAA